AUGAUCAACCUCGCUUUGCGACAAGGCCGGGAAUGUCCCGUCGUGCAGUGGCAGGAACGGACCGAUACAGACAAUCCGGCUUACAAUCCGCACGUGGAGAUGCACUACCCGACCUUUCAUGGCGGUUCGUUGCAGGGGGACGAAUUGCAACCGUACCCUUCAUUGCGCGACCAACAGCAGCGCCCACCGCAACCGCAGCAACACCAACUCCAACCGCCCUUCGCUCCCUAUGAGCCCGAGAUGGUCUACGGCAUCAGCCCGCAAGCUCCUGCGCAAGCCCCGUAUGAGGUCGUGACACCGUACUCAGCCCGGCCGUCUGCAGCCAUCGAUGACCUCUCCGGUCAAUUUCCCGUUCCACAGUAUUUCCCUCCAAACGAACCGACUGGCGCUGGUGUUCCGGCUGUCGGUGUGCCUUACCUAACCUCUGUCCCUACUUAUAACCAGCCAGGUCCCAUUGGACGCCCAACCGGCUCCCAGCCCUUUCCCACCACCAUGACCGACAUGCCUCCCGGGGGAACAGCCGGACGCUUCGACUUGUCCUCGUCGCAGCAGCCACCGCAACAAGCCCCGUCCCAGGGAGUAUCAGAGCCAACCACCUUGACGGACGCAUACGGUCAGUUUCAACGCGCGCUGCGAGGGACUUUAGACAAUGCGCGCACUGGCCGAUUGGAGGAGGCCAGUCGAUCCCUCUUGGAAAUCUCCGAGUGGCUUGUGACCAAUGCCCGGGAACUCGACAUGCUGCGAACCCAUCGCCAGCCGCCACAUACCACUCUCCUGAAUGAUGAUGUGAUGGAUACGUUAGGCAAGGAGCUGAUCCAGCUGUGCGAUCGCGUGGAACAGUUUGGCUUAGUGGACUAUCAGAUGGGAAUCUGGGAAGAGGAGAUCCUUGGUGUCUUGGGCCAAUGUCUUGAUCUCUAUGAAAGCCUACCGGAGGUGCUUCGCGCCCACAUGAGCACUGCGCCCGCUCUUGCUGGACCUCGAUCGUGA